AUGCUAAAUACAAUGGAGGCAAUAUAUAUGAUCUUGAUUGCUGGUGAAAUGACUAUAGGAAUUUGGGGAAAUGGAUUCAUUGUACUGGUUAACUGCAUUGGUUGGCUCAAAAAGAGAGAUAUCUCCUUGAUUGAUAUCAUCCUGGUCAGCUUAGCCAUUUCCAGAAUCUGUUUGUUGUGUGUAAUAUUUUUAGAUGGCAUCAUAACGCUUCUUUCUCCAGAAACAUAUGACCAAGAUGAACUAAUGAACAUUUUGGAUGUUUUCUGGACACUCUGCAAUCAUUCAAGUGUCUGGUUUACCUCUUGCCUUAGCAUCUUCUAUUUACUCAGAAUAGCCAAUAUAUCCCACCCAUUUUUCCUCUGGAUGAAGCUAAAGAUUAACAGGAUCAUCCUUGGGAUUCUUCUUGUGUCUUUUCUCAUCUCCUUAAUUUUUAGUAUUUCAUUGAAUGAGGGCUCCUGGAAUUAUUUCAAGGUCAAUCAUGAAGAAAACAUAACUUGGGAAUUCAAAGUGAGUAAAAUCGCAAAUGCUUUCAAACAGAUUACCCUGAAUCUGGGUGCUAUACCUCCUUUUGUUCUUUGCCUGAUCUCAUUUCUCUUGCUACUUUUCUCCCUUUUUAGACACACCAAGCAGAUGAAAUUUCAUGCCACAGGGUUCAGAGACCCCAGCACAGAGGCCCACAUGAGGGCCAUAAAGGCAGUGAUAAUCUUUCUGAUGCUCUUCAUUAUGUACUAUGUAGCCUUUCUUGUAGUAACCUCUAGUCUUAUGAUUCCCCAGGGAAAAUUAGCAAUGAUGUUUGGUGGCAUAAUAACUGUCAUUUUUCCAUCAAGCCAUUCAUUCAUCCUGAUAAUGGGAAACGGUAAGCUGAGGGAGGCUUUUCUGAAGGUGCUAAGGAUUUUGAAAUGUUUCCACAAGAGAAGGAGCUUUUUUGUUCCUUAG